AUGCACCGAGCACUAUUUGUCCAUCUGCAGCAUUUCAGCCAACGACCCCCAUCGCCCGUUGAAAACGGCAGCCAGAAGAGUAGGGCUGCAAUGAACGUGUCGGUCUGUGAGUUGAGCAUUACUGUGGCCGGGAAUCGCAAGCUGCUCUCGGAUGUGAACUGCUUGGUACAGGCCGGCGAGAUGGUGGCCUUGAUGGGCCCCUCGGGCGCGGGGAAGACCACCCUGCUGAACUGCAUCGUGGGGCGGUCCAUCACCGGAGUCACCGAGGGGAACGUUUUUUAUGAUGGCACCUCCUUGGGAAAAGUCAGGAGCAGCGUUGGAUACGUCACCCAGGACGACAUCAUGUACGAGACCUUGACCCCACGCGAGAACCUGUGGUUUGCCUCGGCCUUCAUUUUGCCCAAGCUCUCCAAGGACACGCGGAACUCCGUGAUUGAGGGAGUGAUUGAGAAGUUGAACCUGAAGAAGUGUGCCGACACCGUGGUGGGCUCUCCAGGUUUGGUGCGCGGCAUCUCGGGGGGCGAGAGGAAGCGCACGAACGUGGCGCUGUCCUUGUUGGGGAACCCUUCACUCCUCUUGUUGGACGAGCCCACCAGUGGAUUGGACUCCAAGAUGUCCGAUUCCUUGAUGCGGGACGUGAAGCAGAUUGGCCAGCAGGGCUGCACGGUGGUGGCCACGAUCCAUCAACCCUCCGAGGCGGUCUUCACGCGCUUCGACAAGGUGCUGCUGCUGGAGACGGGGAAGAUCGCCUACUACGGCCCCGUCGCAAGUCUUCGCUCCUCCUUGAGCUCUUUGGGCUUCGCUUGCCCCACGGGAACCCCGCUCCCUGAGCUACUCUUGGACGUGCUGGAGGUCCCCAAGGAGGAGGAGGAGAUCUCAAGCUACCGGAACAAGCUGGAGAAGCUCAAGCAGAUGUCCGACACAGCGAAGGGCGACCAUGGCUCCCCCACCAAGUCGGAGGCUCCGGUGAAGCGCGCGGGGCCCUGUGGGCAGCUGGUGACGCUCUUCAAGCGGGAGCUGGUCAACGUGAAGCGCAACAAGGCUUUGACGGUGGUGCGUGCGGUGCAAUCGGUGGCCUCCUCCGUCCUCAUUGGCUUGAUCUUCUUGCAAUUGGAAAGGAACAUGUCCAGCCUUCAGCCGCGGCUCUUCUCCAGCUUUCUUCUGGUCUUUGCCCAGUUCCUCUUUGCCAUGUUGGGCGUGGUGAAUGCCUUCCCGGCCGAGCGUGCGGUCUUCCUUCGGGAGACGCAGGACAAGCUCUACCAUCCGGCGAUGUUCUAUUUCGCCAAGGUCUCGAUUGACACUAUUAUGCAGUGCCUCUUUCCGAUCCUGGUGGUUGCCAUCAGCUAUCCGCUCAUCGGCUUGAAUGGUGAGAGUGCAGAUCGGAUCUUGUGGUUCUACACCAUCAUGGCCGUGGUCUCCAACUGCGGCGCUGCGGUGGGCUUCGCCGUGAGCGCGGCGGUGCCCAGCGUGAACCUGGCGCUGUCCAUCGCGCCGGGGCUGGUGAUGCCUCAGUUGUUGCUGGCGGGGAUCUUCAUCAAGGUGGAAGACUUGCCCCAGCCCUUCAACGCGAUCAGCUACUUGAUGGUGGCCCGCUAUGCGGUGCAGGCGACCGUGGUGAAUGAGUUCAGCUGCACGACCAAGGAUGCCUGCAGUCCGCUGGUGUGGCGAAAUGCAUCGGCCGACCUGUGUGAUAGCUCACCCUGUGACUUCUGCUGCACGGCGCAUGAGAUGAUGGGUGCCGGGGGGAUUUGCCCGGUUCUCUCCUGCGACGAUGCGUUGGUCACCUUGGGCAUGGACGAGAUUUGGCCCAUUGGCGACACCCAUGAGGAUACCAUCUUCUACAACUUCAUUGCCUUGCUCUGCCUGAUGGUUUUCUUCCGACUGCAGGGCUUGAACGUGUUGCUGAUGAGCUUCCGCAAAGCGACCACGGGCAGUUGUUUGCCAUGCAAGCGCUCCACACCAAUGGGCUGUGUUGGUGCACGUCCCGGCGGUCCAAGUCAUGCCGAGUUCACCAGUGCCAUGUGGUGCCCCUUGCAUUUCUGCAAUUUUGGCGUGGAGGUCAGGCUGUGCCUUCCCGAGCCGGCGCCCCGCUUCUUUGGGCGUCUCACGGCGCGAGGCUGCACGAUGUACACCUUCUGCAAUGUCGAAGGUGUGCCGGAAACGGCCGACUCCACGGACGUGCUCCAAAGCGUGCGACUCUUUCGACAAAACAUGGGCUGGGUCCCCCGGAAUCCCCCCGCAGGACGGGCAUUCUUCCAGUGGCAGUUGAGGCUGGGCGGCUGGUUCAUUUCCUACGAGAACGGCAAGGCCGCCGUCAGCGUGACGCACGCCAAGUGGGGCCGCCGAAGGAUCCGGAGCGUGCCCGGCCAAGUCGUGGUGUCCACCACAGGUGGACCCUCCGAUGCCUCGGGAGGCAUCCUGUUCCGAAUGCCCGAUUCACCGGAGGACCUUCGUGGCACCCAGCUGUGGAAGGCCAAAAGUGGGCGGGGCAGUGCUAAGCUUCGGAGUCGUUUCCAAGUUCUGGCCCAGCUGGCGCCGAUCACCUGGCCAUUCGCCCACGUCUCCACCCGCGAGCGAUCGAUCUUCCGAAUGGCCUUGCGCUGCUGGGCCAUUGCUGGCCUGGUGAGCUUCACGGAGAGCUGCACCAAUCUCAUCGUCUCGCCGGGCGCGUCUGCAGAUGGCUCCACUCUGUUCUCUUACACGGCAGAUUCUGGAAGUGUGUAUGGAACUCUGGGGCACUACCCGGCCGGGCAGCACAGCGCCGGUGCCAAGCGGCCGGUUUGGGACUGGGACUCGGGGAAGUACCUGGGCGAGAUCGAUGAGGCGCCCUACACCUACAACGUGAUUGGGAACCUCAACGAACAUGGCCUGGCCAUUGGGGAAACCACCUUUGGUGGCAACGAGACGUUGAGCGGAGGUGAAGGGGUGAUGGAUUAUGGAAGCUUGAUCUGGGUGACCCUACAGCGCUGUAAGACGGCGCGAGAGGCGAUCUUGAUGUUUGACCAGCUGGUGAAGGAGUACGGCUAUGUCUCUGAGGGCGAGUCCUUUACCAUUGCAGAUGCCAAGGAGGUGUGGGUCUUGGAGAUGAUCGGCAAGGGGAAGUUCGAGAAGGGCGCUGUCUGGGUGGCCGUGCGCAUCCCCGAUGGCCACGUGAGCGGCCAUGCGAACCAGGCGCGGAUCCAGCGCUUCCCCUUGCACGACGCGGAGAACUGCGUGUUCUCCUCAGAUGUCAUCAGCUUUGCAGUGAAAGUGGGGCUCUGGGAUGCUCAACGACCGCAGGAGGAGUUCAGCUUCGCCGAUGCCUAUGAUCCCAUCAGCUUCACUGGCGCGCGGCUGAGCGACGCGAGGGUCUGGUCCUUCUUCUCGUCAGUGGCCUUGGAUCCCUCCUUUGAGAAGUCCUACGAGAAGUACGUGCUGGGACAGAACGUCUCCGCUGCCGCGCGCAUGCCGCUCAGCAUCCCCGUGAAGUCGAAGAUCUCAAACGUGGAGCUCAUGUCCCACAUGCGAAACCACUAUGAGGGCACGGCGCUGGAUUCGCGCUUGGAUGUUGGCGCAGGAUCCUCGGGAAGUCCCUUCCGCGUGCGGCCCUUGGUGUGGAAGCAGGGGAAUGCCAGCUACGUGCACGAACGCAUGGUGGGCACUCCCCAGGCGGGGUGGAACUUCGUGGCACAGCUGCGGGGGUGGCUCCCUGGGCCGAUGGCCGGGCUCCUGUGGUUCGGCGUGGACGAUGCCAGCUUCUCCGUCCAUGCGCCUUUCCAUGGUGGCACCACGCGCGUGCCGCAGGGCUACGCGGAUGGCUUUGGCGAUGCCCUUCACUACUCGCGGUCGGCGUUCUGGGCCUUCAACACCGUCGCCAACUUCAUCUACCCCAGGUGGUUCCUGGCGGAUGCCGUGAUGCACCGCGCCCGCAUGAGCGAACAGACCUUCGUGGCAGAGGUGCAGGCCGAGGAGCUGCUCGCAAAGGCUCUCUACAAGAAAGACCCAGCCAAGGCCAUCGAACUUUUGACUGCUAGAGACGUGGCGCGGGCGGAGCGUGUGGUCGAGGAGGAGUUUGCGUUGUUCGGAGAUUUGAUGGUCGGCUACCGCGACGGCUUCCGCAUCUCGUCGCAGGGCCCCGAGGCGCCAGACCAUGGCGGCCAGCAGGGCGGCGUGGUGCCCAAGGUCGAAGAAGUGGGCUACUCUGAGACCUGGUAUGACCGCAUCGUGAAGGACACGGGCGAGCACUAUAAGAUCCCCUCCUCAUCCCAGCUGGACCGUGCCAAGCUGCGGACUCUGUCCAAAGGAGUCGCCAUGGGCAUGGACACUGGCUCGGCGAAGUAUGUCAUCGUUUGA